AUGAGUGUUACGAGUGAAGAACUAAAUUAUCUAAUCUGGAGGUACUGUCAAGAAAUGGGGCAUGAAGUGAGCGCAUUGGCGCUACAAGAUGAAACAAGAGUAUUGGAUUUUGAUGAGAAAUACAAAGAGCAUAUUCCCAUAGGUACACUAGUAAAUCUGGUGCAGAGAGGAAUUCUGUAUACGGAGAGCGAGUUUCUGGUUGAUAAUAAAGGCGAUAUCAGCUCUUUAGAUGAACAGCAUCUUUCUGAGGACUUUAAUUUGGUGCAAGCACUACAAGUUGAUAAAGAAAAAUUUCCAGAAAUCUCUACUGAGGGAAGAUUUGCCUUAGAAAAUGAUUCCGAGAAUAAUAAUUUUGGCAAGAAUGACUCAGGCACGACUGAUGGACUAAGCCUAGGCUCUGAUGUGGCAUCUAGCGGUACUGGUGAUAGCCUAGAUGGAUUUGUCAAGACGUUGAAGGAGAUUACGAAGCUAGAUAAUAUUGUUUCCUCCAUUUGGAAUCCAUUGAAUGCAUCCAUUCUUGCAUACGGUGAAAAGGAUUCAGUUGCAAGAUUGACCCAAAUAAUAGAAACUGAACGAGAAGAAGGAAAACAUUGGGAAGCGAGAGUCAUAGCCGAAUUAAGACAUCCGUUUGCUCUAAGCGCAAGUAGUGGUAAGACAACGAAUCAAGUCACAUGCCUUGCCUGGUCUAAUGAUGGUAACUCGAUUGUAACAGGUGUAGAAAAUGGUGAAUUACGAUUAUGGAAUAAGGCAGGUGCACUUCAGAACGUUUUAAAUUUCCACAGAUCCCCUAUAGUCUCAAUCAAAUGGAACAAAGAUGGAACACAUUUCAUUUCCAUGGACGUAGAGAACGUCACUAUACUCUGGAAUGUCUUGAGUGGCACUGUCAUGCAACAUUUUGAGUUGAAGGAAAAUAGGGAAUCUUCCGCUACUGCUGAAAACUCAAACAAUAAUGGCGAGGAUUCACUUGGUGUUGAUGUCGAGUGGGUAGAUGAUGACAAGUUUGUCAUUCCUGGGCCUAAAGGUGCCAUUUUCGUAUAUCAAAUUACAGAAAAGGCACCUAUAGGUAAAUUGAUUGGGCAUCAUGGUUCCAUCAGUGUCUUGGAAUUUAAUGACACCAACAAACUUCUGCUAAGUGCGUCAGACGAUGGUACUCUAAGGAUAUGGCAUGGUGGUAAUGGUAAUUCUCAAAAUUGCUUCUAUGGUCAUUCACAAAGCAUCGUAUCUGCGUCGUGGGUGGGUGAUGACAAGGUAAUAUCAUGCUCAAUGGAUGGAUCUGUUCGUAUAUGGUCAUUGGAGGAGAAUACACUACUGGCGCUUUCAAUCAUGGAUGGUAUCCCCAUUUUUGUUGGAAGGCUAUCACAGGAUGGAGAAAAAUACGCAGUCGCAUUCAUGGAUGGGCAAGUGAACGUCUACGACCUAAAGAAACUAAACAGCAAGCUACUGAACCGUAAGCAACAAUCGUUGUAUGGCGGCAAUAGUUGCACUACCACGGGCAGCAGCAUUACAAUUCCACAACCCAUUCCUCUCUACGCUAGCUACCAAAGUAACCAGGACAACGAUUGUGUCUUUGACCUGUCGUGGAACCAUACGGGGGACAAAAUUUCUGUAGCAUAUUCGCUUGGGGAAGGUUCAGUUGUAGCCAUAUAA